AUGGAGCAGCAAAAAGACAAAGCCGAAUCUGAAGGGAACGACCAGUCCCUGCCAACUCCUGGGACCCAGUUGCGGACCCCAGGGACCAUCCCAGCCCUGCCACCAUGGCUCCUGGGUACCUCCAACCCAGCGCAGAUGGGUCUCCCUGAGCACCUGGCCUCGGUGACCGUCCCCAUCCGCCUGGACACCCUUUCGUACCUCCUGCACAGCGCUCUGAUGGGGACCUACAGUCUCUACCAGUCCCUGCCCUCCUGCCCCUGUGCCUCCCAGCCAGGCCACGGCCAGCCGGCCACGGCCAGCUGCCCCCCCACACCCCGGGGCCGAGGCCGGGGCCGGGGCUGGGCCCGUGGAGGGCGGGGGGUCCAACACAGGCCUGCUCCCAGCCAGGGCCAGCCGCGGUGGGGGGUUGAGGAUGCUGAGCAGCCAAAGAGGAGCGGGGCUUGGGAUGACGGGGCUGUCCCCAAGGUCCCCAGGAUGGCAGCCCCGGCCCAGGAUGACAAGGAAUCCAGAGAUCCAGAGCCAGUCACAAACCCCUGGCCCGCGGCUGAGGACUGGGAGUCUGAGUCAUAG